UCAAGACAGACUCCAGAAGGUGAAUUCCUGCCACUCGACCAACGUGAGCUGGAUGUUGGAUUUGGCACUGGAGCUGACCAGCUGUUCCUAGUUUCUCCCCUAACUAUCUGUCAUGAAAUCAACCGCAAGAGUCCAUUCUUUGAUCUCUCACAGAAGUCAUUAAGGAGUGAACAGUUUGAGAUUGUUGUCAUUCUGGAAGGAAUUGUUGAAACUACAGGAAUGACCUGCCAGGCAAGAACAUCUUACACUGAAGAUGAAGUACUGUGGGGACACAGAUUUCUUCCUGUCAUGUCACUAGAAGAAGGCUUCUUUCGAGUGGACUACUCCCAGUUCCAUGCUACGUUUGAAGUACCUACCCCUUAUUAUAGUGUAAAGGAACAUGAAAAUAAAUUACCCCCUAGUUCACCUCUAAAUUCCCUUUGUAGUGAAAAGUACAACAGGGACAGGGUCUGCUCUUUAGACUACCUUAAUGUGUUUGAAGUGGGAAGCAGUAUACUUCCUAGCAAACUUCAGAAACUCAGCCGGGGAAGAGACAAUGUCCAGGAUAAACUUUUACGAAUGUGUAGCAGUAGUGUAGAGAGAGCUUGCAGUACUGGAGACCUUCCCAUGAAGAUCCAAAGGAUAACGGUGUCCACCUGCGAAGACAGUGUGGAGAAUACUCCACUGAAAUACUUCAAGGUUAAACCCGAGAACAUGACCCAGUCUACUGGUAACCUUCAGCUGCAGAAGAAAGCACAAGGCAUGAUGACCUUGGGAACAAUGCUUGAUGCCAAUCUGCCCGCAAAGUUGCGUAAAAUGAAUUCUGGCUGUAUCAGCUAA